AUGAAGGAGAAUUUGAUGUGUACUUUGGCACGUGGUUGCCAGCGCCCGCUCGAUGAGCAACGGUCAACGAACGAUCGCAAGUCGAAAAUCAUUUCCCAAAACGACACGAACGAAAUGAUGACAGAAGGUGUACUUCAGUUUCGUGAAAUUCGAAUUCCGGUUGACCCGAAUGAAUCCUUCUGUCUGAUGUCGAGCGCUCAGCACUUCAUUUCUGAAGACUAUGUAUGGGCCAUGGUCCCAAUCGUCCUAUGGAUCGCUGCUGUGAUCUACGGUACAAUCAACGUCGCUUCAGUAUUCUCUUCCCUAAGUCUUCGUCGUUCGUUCAAAGAGCUGACGAUGGAACGUCAUUCGCAACUGGACAUCCUAGACGUGUUUCGAGUACUCGCCAUCAUUUGGGUGAUGGUCAACCAUACCGGUAGCGAAGGACGAAUCGAUAUUCUUGAACGACUACCGUCAGCUGAGAAAUUCAAGCAUGCAAUGCACAAUCAUCCAAUAUUCGGUGCAUUGCUAGGCAAUUCGGCACUUGGCGUCGAGAUCUUCCUCGUGCUUUCCGGACUGCUAUGCGCCCGAACGUGGCUGAGGAAAGCUGAUCAGCCCUUCGCCCGUCAUUACAGGACAUUCUUGAUUCGAAGAAUUCUUCGACUUCUUCCAUCAGUCCUUUUCUUCAUGUAUAUAUUCGCAGGUCCCAUCACGAAACACUUCUUGCCGAGAUUCCAUUCUUCCAUGAUUUCUGCAUGUGGCGCAACGGGAAUCACAUCACAUCUCGCACUUCUGGGCAACUGGCAAUCCACGCCCACCUGUCUGGGUUAUUUGUGGUAUAUCGGACUGGAUAUGCAACUCUAUAUCAUGGCCCCGUUCCUGCUACACACCCUCUACAAACAACCUGCUAUGGGGAAAAUGCUCUGCGUGAUACUGAUCACCAUGUCAAUGUUCAUUCGAGCAGGAUACUGUAGCUCAUAUGGUGUCUGCCACAAGAGUGAUGUAGAUAUACCGUUCAUCUCGUAUCCUGGACAAGAUCCGGCAACAUUGAGCAGCAUCUAUGGCGGUUUAUGGGAGAUGUACUCUCGUCCGUAUACGAAAUGCGGUCCGUUCAUACUUGGGAUGUUGCUAGGAACCGCCAGCAUGAGUUUGAAACCCUGUCUGAACCGUCACAAGUCACGUUGCAUUGCGAGUGCAUUCUUCGGGCUCUCAGUCGCAGUAAUCUACGCGAUUCUGCCACAAUACUGGUUCGGUGACCAACUACAAUACUACAACCUCUACUAUACCGCAACAUUCCGCACCGUUUUCGCCAUUGGAAUAUGCGGAAUGAUAUGGGCAAUCAUUUCACGGUCAGAGAGCAAAUCUACCUCUGUUAUAUGGUCGAUACUGGCUCGUCUCACAUACAGCGCCUACCUCCUUCACAUGCCUAUCGUCUACCUCUUCAACAAUUUACAAUUCCUUCAGGAUGCCGAAAGUGCCAUCGAGUUGUUGGUGGUUGUUCCGUUCGUGGCUUUAUUAAGCUUCACCGCAGCAUCGGUAUUAUAUUUCUUCGUUGAAUCCCCCGUUGGAUAUGUCACUUCCACCUACCUAGAGCAAAUAGAUGGUGUUUUAAUAUACUUCCUUGGUAGAUUUAAGAACGCUCUGAAAUCCGCUCUUCUCCGAUAA